AUGGAAGCUGAAAAUGGGAUCCGCUGCAGGCCCAAUUUUCCACUACAAUUUCUAGACAAAAACCAAGAUGAUGACAUCCAAGAAGCUCCAGGAGACCCGGGUUCCAACCAGAACCGACCCGGUUCCUCCCUCACCCAAGAGCAGCAACCCAACAACGGCAAGAAGCCUCCUCCGAAGAGGACCUCCACCAAGGACAGGCACACAAAAGUGGACGGGCGAGGCCGCCGGAUCCGUAUGCCGGCCACGUGUGCCGCUAGGGUUUUCCAGCUCACUAGGGAGCUAGGGCACAAGUCGGACGGUGAGACCAUUGAGUGGCUUCUCCAGCAGGCCGAACCCGCCGUCAUCGCAGCCACCGGGACCGGCACCAUUCCAGCAAACUUCACCUCCCUCAACAUCUCGCUGCGGAGCUCCGGCUCUAGCAUGUCGGCGCCGUCUCACUACUUGAGGCCAAACAGCAGUAAUUAUUUCAUGAACUUCAACCCCAACAACUUGGGUGCAGCAGCUGCGUCGCAGCUGAUUAUGGACGAGAACUCGCAGCGCGGCAGGAUUUUGUUCCCCGGCGUUGGGUUGUUGUCGUCUGAGAGCUCCCCGUCGUCGUCUAUGUUGUUGAAUUUCAACAAUGCCAUGUUGGAAGCCAAGCGCGAGUUACGUGAUCAGGGCGGUUCUCUCGGUGAGGUGUCCGAGGGCGGCGAGGCCAGCACCAUGGGAAGAAAGCGAAUUAGGCCGGAGCAAGAUUUGUUAUCGUCUUCGUCGUCCUCGUCCUCGUCAUCACAAAGUAGUCAUCAUCAGAUGGGGAUAUCGAACAGCUACAUGUUGCAAUCAGCCAGCACGGGGUCAAUUCCGGCGAGUCAAAGUACAAUUCCGGCGACAUUUUGGAUGGUGGCAAAUAACCCUAGUAGCGGCAGCGGAGGCGGCGGUCAUCAUGUCCAUGAGCCUCCCAUUAAUCCCAUGUGGACAAUUCCUAGUAUUAAUAAUGGUAUUAACAGCAAUAUGUAUAGGGGGGCUUCGGUGUCUUCUGGGGGCGGGCAUGGUCUGCAUUUUAUGAAUUUUGCUCCACCUCCAAUGGCGGCCAUAUUACCUAGCCACAUGGGAUCAACUCCUCACGGCGGUGGAGGCUCAAUUGCCGACAGCCACUUGGGUGUGAUGGCUGCGCUCAACGCGUACAGGCCGAUUCUCGGUGGGGUCAUGGCGGAGCCACCGGGUGGGAAUAAUGGACAGCAUUCACACCAUGGAGCAGACGAGGGACAUGAUCGUGACAGCAAUGCUAGGUAG